AUGUCUGCUCCAGAGACCGCAACCAACGUCCCUGCGGACCAGCUUGAGGCGCCCACCGAGGCCCCUGCCAACGGCACUUCUGCAGCCGCAGCUCCCAGCACUGAGGCCGCUCCUGAAACUGCCGGAGAGCCCUCUGGCACUACGGCUCCUGCGACCUCACAGCCUCACUCUGCCUCGUUGUACGUCGGAGAGCUGGACCCUUCCGUCACCGAGGCUAUGCUCUACGAGCUCUUCUCCUCCAUCGGACAGGUCGCGUCGAUCCGUGUGUGCCGUGAUGCUGUUACCAGACGCUCUCUUGGCUAUGCCUACGUGAACUACAACAACACCGCUGAUGGAGAACGUGCCCUUGAGGACCUCAACUACACCCUGAUCAAGGGUCGUCCAUGCCGUAUCAUGUGGUCUCAGCGUGACCCUGCCCUCCGCAAGACCGGUCAGGGCAAUGUCUUUAUCAAGAACCUUGAUACUGCCAUUGACAACAAGGCUCUUCACGACACGUUUGCUGCUUUUGGAAACAUUCUUUCUUGCAAGGUUGCCCAGGAUGAGUACGGUAACUCCAAAGGAUACGGAUUCGUCCACUAUGAAACUGCUGAGGCCGCCACCAAUGCCAUCAAACACGUCAAUGGUAUGUUGUUGAACGAGAAGAAGGUCUUUGUUGGACACCACAUUGCCAAGAAGGAUCGCCAGAGCAAGUUCGAGGAGAUGAAGGCCAACUUCACCAACAUCUACGUCAAGAACGUUGAGCAGGAUGUCACCGAUGAGGAAUUCCGUGGUCUCUUUGAGAAGUACGGGGAAAUCACCUCUGCUACCCUCAGCCGUGAUAAUGAGACCGGCAAGAGCCGCGGGUUUGGAUUCGUCAACUUCUCUGACCAUGAGGCCGCCUCCGCCGCUGUCGAGGCCUUGAACGAGUACGAGCUCAAGGGUCAGAAGCUCUACGUCGGCCGUGCCCAGAAGAAGCAUGAACGUGAAGAGGAGUUGCGAAAGCAGUAUGAAGCUGCUCGCAUCGAGAAGGCUUCCAAGUACCAGGGUGUUAACCUUUACAUCAAGAACUUGUCCGACGAUAUCGAUGAUGAGAAGCUCCGUGAGCUCUUUAGCAGCUACGGAAACAUCACGUCCGCCAAGGUCAUGCGCGAAGCCAUUGUCGACGUUCCCGCCGAAACCGAAAAGGACAAGGAAGCUGAUAAGGAGAAGGCGAAGAAGGAGGGCGGUGAUAAGUCCGAGGAAAAGGGAGAGUCUAAGUCUGAAUCUGAGGACAAGUCGAAAUCCGAAGAGAAGACUGAGGGAAAGACCGAGAGUACCAAGCCUGAAAAGAAACAUCUCGGAAAGAGUAAAGGUUUUGGUUUCGUUUGCUUCAGCAACCCAGAUGAAGCCUCGAAGGCUGUUACCGAGAUGAACCAACGCAUGGUCCACGGAAAGCCACUCUACGUUGCUUUGGCCCAACGCAAGGAUGUUCGCAAGAGCCAGGUAAGUACCAAGGUAAUACAUUUAAUAAGAAGUCAAUUUACUAACAUCUACCAGCUCGAGGCUAGUAUCCAAGCUAGAAACACCAUCCGCCAACAGCAGGUUGCUGCCGCCGCCGGAAUGGCCCAACCCUUCAUGCAGCCUGCCGUCUUCUAUGGCGCUCCUGGCCAGCAAGGUUUCCUCCCCGGUGCUCAGCGUGGAAUGCAGUUUGCUGGUCAAGCUGGUAUGGUUAUGCCAGGAAUGCCUGGUGGUCGUCCUGGCCAGUUCCCCCAGUUCCCUGGACAGCAGGGCGGCCGUGGCAUGAACCCUAACCAGCCGCUUCCUCCUAACUUCGGCAUGGGUAGCCAAGGUAUCCCAAUGGGCGCAAUGCAGGGUGCUGGAAUUCCAAACGGCCUAAAUUACCCACAGAUAGGCGGCCAGGUCCAGUCGUUCGGCCGUGGAGGUGGUCGUGGCCAGGGUCCAAUGCAAGGUAUGCCACCGGCUGCCGGUAAUGCCCCACAAAUGCGUGGUGGACCUGGUGCCCCAGGCUUCGCUCAGGGACGUGGCAUGCCCAUGCAACAGGGUGGCCGGGCUGGCCCUGGUGGCCGCGGUCAAGGUGCUCCUGGACAAGGGGGUAUACCACGCGAUGAAGCAGCCGGCUCCGGCUCAAUCAACCUCGCAGUUUUCAAUGCUGCUCCCGAACCCCAGCAGAAACAGAUGCUCGGUGAAGCCAUCUACCCCAAGAUUCUUGCUCAACAGCCUGAGCUUGCCGGAAAAAUCACUGGUAUGCUUUUGGAAAUGGACAACUCAGAGUUGAUCGGCCUUGUCGAUGAUGACGUUGCUCUCCGAGCCAAGGUUGACGAAGCUCUUACUGUCUACGAUGAAUAUGUCAAGAACAAGAAUGAUGCCCCCACCGGUGAGGCUGCUCAGCCAGAGGCUGGCAAGCCCGCGGAAGAGACUAAGUCUUAA